UUCUUCGCGGCGCGCGUGGAGUGGUCGCUGGGAUUCCGGGUGCGGGCGGCCGCAUGGAUUCCUGCGGCCGGUGGCGGAACCUGCCCAGCGGGCCUAGCCUGAAGCACUUGACCGACCCCUCUUACGGGAUCCCGCGGGAGCAGCAAAAACCAGCGCUGCAGGAGCUGACGCGGGCGCAUGUGGAGUCCUUCAACUACGCUGUGCGCGAGGGACUCGGCCUCGCGGUGCAGGCUAUACCUCCCUUCGAAUUUGCUUUCAAAGAUGAACGUAUCUCUCUCACUAUUGUGGAUGCUGUCAUCAGCCCCCCCACAGUUCCAAAAGGGAGCAUCUGCAAAGAGCUCAGUGUCUACCCAGCAGAAUGCCGGGGCCGAAGGAGCACCUACAGGGGAAAGUUGACAGCCGAUAUCAGUUGGGCAGUAAACGGGGUCUCAAAAGGAAUCAUUAAACAAUUUCUUGGCUAUGUUCCCAUCAUGGUGAAGUCCAACCUUUGCAACUUAUACAACCUUCCUCCCAAAGCGCUCAUCAAGCACCAUGAGGAAGCAGAGGAAAUGGGAGGCUAUUUUAUAAUCAAUGGCAUUGAAAAAGUCAUCCGAAUGCUGAUUAUGCCUCGGAGAAAUUUCCCCAUUGCAAUGAUAAGACCAAAAUGGAAAACCAGAGGCCCUGGCUAUACUCACUUUGGAGUUUCAAUGCACUGUGUGCGGGAAGAACAUUCUGCUAUCAAUAUGAAUCUUCACUACUUGGAAAAUGGCACAGUUAUGUUGAACUUCAUUUAUCGGAAAGAACUGUUUUUCCUUCCUCUGGGAUUUGCACUUAAGGCACUUGUCAACUUCUCCGAUUAUCAGAUUUUUCAGGAGCUCGUCAAAGGAAAAGAGGAUGACUCUUUCUUCAGAAACUCUGUUUCUCAGAUGUUAAGGAUUGUGGCAGAAGAGGGUUGUUCCACACAAAAACAAGUCCUUCACUAUCUAGGUGAACGCUUCAGAGUAAAACUCAAUCUUCCUGACUGGUAUCCAAAUGAACAAGCUGCAGAGUUUCUAUUUAACCAGUGCAUCUGUAUCCACUUGAAAUCAAAUACUGAAAAGUUUUAUAUACUUUGUCUCAUGACCCGGAAGCUCUUUGCAUUAGCCAAAGGAGAGUGCAUGGAGGAGAAUCCUGAUAGUUUGGUGAAUCAGGAAGUCCUUACGCCUGGUCAACUCUUCCUCAUGUAUCUGAAGGAAAAAAUGGAAGCUUGGUUAGUGUCUAUUAAACUAGCUAUAGAUAAGAGGGCUCAGAAGACUAAUGUGUACAUUAACAAUGAAAAUUUGAUGAAGAUUUUUAAUCUGGGAACAGACCUUACAAGACCAUUUGAGUAUCUUCUUGCUACUGGGAAUCUACGUUCUAAAACAGGUCUUGGCUUCCUGCAAGAUUCUGGACUUUGUGUUGUGGCUGACAAGCUGAACUUCAUACGCUAUCUCUCCCAUUUCCGCUGUGUGCACAGAGGGGCCGAUUUUGCCAAGAUGAGAACCACCACAGUACGCAGGCUGCUGCCAGAGUCCUGGGGUUUUCUUUGUCCCGUGCAUACCCCCGACGGGGAGCCCUGCGGCCUGAUGAACCACUUAACUGCCAUAUGUGAGGUUGUCACACAGUUUGUGUACACAGCAUCUAUUCCAGCUUUGCUCUGCAACUUGGGAGUCACUCCAGUCGAUGGCACGCCACACCGACCCUACAAUGAGUGCUACCCUGUCCUGCUGGACGGCGCCAUGGUCGGCUGGGUGGAUAAGGAGCUUGCGCCUGGCAUUGCAGAUGCUAUCCGACAUUUUAAGGUGUUGAGAGAAAAAAGAAUUCCUCCCUGGAUGGAAGUGGCCCUCAUCCCCAUGACAGGAAAACCCGGUCUCUACCCAGGAUUGUUCCUUUUUACCACUCCUUGUAGACUGGUGCGACCGGUGCAGAACUUGGAGUUGGGUAAAGAAGAACUAAUUGGAACUAUGGAACAGCUCUUCAUGAACAUUGCUAUCUUUGAGGAUGAGGUUUUUGCUGGAGUUACCACCCACCAAGAGCUCUUCCCUCACAGCCUGCUGAGUGUUAUUGCCAACUUUAUCCCAUUCUCCGAUCAUAACCAGAGUCCACGGAACAUGUACCAGUGCCAGAUGGGUAAACAAACCAUGGGCUUUCCACUUCUCACUUAUCAAGACCGAUCAGAUAAUAAACUAUAUCGUCUUCAGACUCCACAGAGCCCUUUAGUGAGACCUUCCAUGUAUGACUAUUAUGACAUGGAUAACUAUCCAAUUGGGACAAAUGCCAUCGUUGCUGUUAUUUCUUACACUGGCUAUGAUAUGGAAGAUGCCAUGAUUGUGAGUAAGGCCUCUUGGGAACGAGGCUUUGCCCAUGGAAGUGUCUACAAGUCUGAGUUCAUAGACCUCUCUGAAAAAAUUAAACAAGGAGAUGAUAGUCUGGUAUUUGGAAUCAAGCCCGGUGACCCACGGGUUUUGCAGAAGUUGGAUGAUGAUGGGCUGCCGUUUAUUGGAGCUAAACUGCAGUAUGGAGAUCCAUAUUACAGCUACCUGAACCCGAACACUGGGGAGAGCUUCGUUAUGUACUAUAAGAGUAAAGAAAAUUGUGUUGUGGAUAACAUCAAAGUGUGCAGUAAUGACACCGGAAAUGGAAGAUUCAAGUGCGUUUGCAUCACUAUGAGAGUCCCUCGGAACCCAACUAUCGGAGAUAAAUUUGCCAGUCGUCAUGGGCAGAAGGGUAUCUUGAGCCGACUGUGGCCAGCAGAAGACAUGCCGUUUACUGAGAGUGGGAUGGUCCCAGACAUUCUGUUCAAUCCUCAUGGCUUUCCGUCCCGAAUGACCAUCGGAAUGUUAAUCGAAAGUAUGGCAGGGAAGUCUGCUGCUCUGCAUGGUCUCUGCCAUGAUGCUACACCCUUCACCUUUUCAGAGGAGAACUCAGCUUUGGAAUACUUCGGUGAGAUGUUAAAGGCUGCUGGCUACAACUUUUAUGGCACCGAGAGGUUGUACAGUGGCAUCAGUGGGCUAGAACUGGAAGCAGACAUUUUCAUAGGUGUGGUUUAUUAUCAACGCUUACGACACAUGGUCUCAGACAAAUUCCAAGUUAGAACAACAGGAGCCAGAGACAAAGUCACAAACCAGCCUAUUGGGGGAAGAAAUGUCCAGGGUGGAAUCCGUUUUGGGGAAAUGGAGCGGGAUGCUCUUUUGGCUCAUGGUACAUCUUUUCUCCUUCAUGACCGCCUCUUCAACUGUUCUGAUCGAUCGGUAGCCCACGUGUGUGUGGAGUGUGGUAGUUUACUCUCGCCACUGUUGGAGAAGCCCCCUUCUUGGUCUGCCCUGCGCAAUAGAAAAUACAACUGUACUGUGUGUAAUCGCAGUGACACUAUUGACACUGUUUCUGUGCCUUAUGUUUUUCGAUAUUUUGUAGCUGAGCUGGCAGCUAUGAACAUCAAAGUGAAACUGGAUGUCAUUUAACUUGAUGUGACCUUCUGGCUUAGGGCUAUCAGGUUAAAACCAAAUUCACUUCAGUGGAGCUGUUGCUACAUUAUGCUGGUGUUUUUUCAAGGGUGUUAGAACUUUCAAACUAACUCAAGAUUUCUAAGUCUUUGGUAUAAUAACUACUGAAAUUGAUUUUAAAAAAUGACACAUUGGGCCUCCCUGGUGGCACAAGAAGUUAAGACGCAACCUAUGAAAGCUGUCCACAGCCGCCACUGCAGCAUGAGUUCGAUCCCCAGCUGGCCAGAGAGCAACCCAUAUGGCACAGCAGACCUCUCCUGACUCGCCCAGCGCUCCCCUCAGCAGUGUAUUUCGGUCAGUCCAUCUGUUCUGUUCCCCACUCUGUCUCUGGUGAAUCCUCUUACUCCCCCCACACCUCUGGCCUGUACUCCAGUUCUUGUAUGCAUAAAUAAAUAAAUCUUUUUUAAAAAAAUGACACAUUAAAAAGAAUAGAACCUCUAUAGGGGAAAUUGUCCUUUCCAAACCCAGUUCUCUGUACCCCACCUACAUGUAUUUGUCCAUGUAGAACAGAGCAGUCAAAUACAAAUAUGAUGCAAGCCAUGUAUACAAUUUUAUAUUUUCAUACUGUUACAGAAUUAUUUUUAAACAGGUUUACUGAAGUGUGAUUGUUAUACAAAUAACCACAUAUAUUUAAUGUGAACAAUUACAUGUAUUUUGAACCACACGCCUCUGAAAUAAUCACAGGGUAAUAAGCAUCAUGUUUCCUCCUGCCCCUUUGUUUUUGUUUGUUUGUUGCAGUAAGAACACUAUUUCCUUAACAAAGUAAGUGUACAAUGCAGUAUUGUUAACGGUAGGCACAGUUUUGUAAGGCAGACCUCUAGCAUCUAUUCAUCUUCCAUAAUGGAAUCUUUGUGGCUGUGGUACAGCAAUUCCCAUUUCCUUCUCCGCUGGUCCCUGGUAACCAUUCUCUCUGUCUCUUUGCUUGACUGUAUUUCAGAUACCUCAUGUCAGUGGGUUUGUGCAGAGUAUUUGCCCAUCUCUGACUGGCCUCCUUCUCAGGGUAUUGUCCUCUGGGUUUUCCAUGUUGCAUGUGACAGGAUAUCCCUUUUUCAAGUUUAAUGCUGCUCUAUUGUAUGUAUAUGCCGUUUUUUCUUUCUUUUUUUUUUUUUAAGAUUUAUUUAUUUAAUUAUACAAGCACUGGGUACAGUCAGAAGCGCGGGAGGGUGAGAUAAUUCACCAGAGCCAGAGUGGGGAGCAGAACAGGCAGAAGGACCGAAGCACACUGCUGAGGGGAGCAGCGGGUGGCAGGAGAGGUCUGCAUGCCAUGUGGGACCCUCGCCGGUGGCCGGGGAUCGAACCGGCGCUGCAGAGGCUGCGGGCAAUUUCGUAGCCCAGCGCUCAACUGCUGCGCCGCCAGGGGAGGGCCUCUAUGCCAUAUUUUCUUUGCCCACUUCUUUUAUUAAUGGACAAUUAGUUUCCAUAUUUCAGAAAUAAUAUUUCACGUAAUGCAGCCAAAAUGUCAUUUCAACAUGUAGUGAAUACAAAAUAUUUAUUGGGGUAUUUUAUAUUUUUCUAUACUAAAUCCAUAAGAUCUAGUGGAUGUGCUUUUCUUUUUUGUAUUCAGUAUUCAUUAUGUGUAUGUACUCUCCCCUGCUGAUGGAUAUUUGGGCUGUCCCAGACUGGCUUUUAUAGUGUUGGCAGGAGCUGCCUUGCCUACACUUACUUGUGCAAGUGUAAGAUGCUUUUUGAUGUGAAAAAGCUUUCUAAGGGCCUCCCAGGUGGCACAGCGGCUGAGUGCUGGGUUGUGAAGCUGCCCGCAGCCUCUGCAGCACCGGUUUGAUCCCUGGCCGCCAGGCGAGGGUCCCACAUAGCGCGUAGACCUCUCCUGCAGCCUGCUG